CCAUGUGUAUGGAUGGACAGCAACGGGAGCUAUUGAAGCAUUCCUUCUCUAUGGACCCACAACAUCAACCAAAACCGAAUACUCAACUUCAGAAAAAACUGUUGGAACAACUCUUCCAAGGUGGAGUGAGAGAUACCAAUACAAUGCACGAAAGCCAUAGUGCUCCCUACUUUCUCAACCAAGAUAGAAAGAUGACACCUUCGAGUACAUUGGAAGUGUCUUCAAAAGAGCAAGUGGAAAAAGGUUUAAGAAAUGAACAAAAACGAAGCGUGUUCAAUUUGGGAAAGAUUGGAGAAAAAAUUCUAGAGAAACGUUCUUUAAGGAAGAGAGUAAAAGAAUCAGCGACUGUGAAGCAAUUAUGUGCCAGGUUCCCGGAGUUGGAAGAGGAUGCUAUAUGCGCUGCUUAUGCUGCACACGGAGGAAAUAAGAAUUUGACAGUAAACUAUCUGUCAAGAGCCUUGGGAAGCCGUAAUAGUAGUAAUAGUGUGAAGGAGAACAGUUUCUCGGAAGUUGCAAACUUUAUGCGUCGUUAUACGGAAGAAGGACCAACUGGAGUUGUUCAAGAUAACCAAGUUGCUAUAGAAUCUUAUUCUGGUGUAAGGAAGGAAGAAGAUUCUCGUGAGAAAUCAUCUGGAGUGCAUAGAACUGUCGAAGAACAGUCACGUGGUUCUUCUCAAGUUUCCCUCGUAGAGCAGACAAACACAGCUGUAGGCGAGUCUCAACUUGUCAUUCCUUCUACAAAUAACAUGGCAUUGAGUAGACGUCGAAACAGUGAUAGAGUCAAGUCCAAAAAGUUCUCCGAUGAGCAGUCAGAAGAAAUAUUGAGUCAUUUGUAUGGAAAGAAUCCUGAGCAACCCAUACCUUUUGUGGAAAACUAUGCAAAGUAUCCAAAAACUUUUUAUCCCAAAGAAAAGAGUAAAAAGCAACGUACACAAAAUGAGUCAUCAAGACUUGGACCUGAGGAUUUGGAGUUGUUGAAUGAUAUGCCAAAGGAUGCCAAAGAAGCUUUUCGUAAGAGACUGAAAAAGUUUUAUGAUCAUCAGAAUGUUUUUUUUAAAGAAGAUGGUUUUGAACCAUCUCAGAAUUCCUUGCAUAGUGACAAACUAUCUAAACCUUGUGAAGAAGCUGAAAAGUUUGAAAAUGACAGCAAUCAUAGAAAUGAAAGGGAGCGUUUGAAAAGCAAGUCAUCCUAUUCUUCUCAACUGGUGAAAUAUAAUAGUUCAACAUCACAUUUGGAUAAGGAAGAUAUCACGCAGCAGUUGUUGCCAAAUAGCUAUGGCGAUAUGCAUCAUCCUUUAUCAAAGGAACAUAUAGAUUUUGAACAAAGCCAGUCAUCAUUCCAGAUAUUAGAAAGACGUAUUUUGGAAUGGAAUGAAGAAUUGCACAAGUUGGAUGUCGAUACGAGUAAACAAAUUCUUCGUUUAGAUAGUCAUUACAAUCAUAUUCAUCAAUCGUUGGAUGAUCUUUACGAACGAGUUCAUCGCAUGGAAUGUAAAUUGGAUGAGUUGAGGCAGACGAAUAGAUUUGCCACAGUACGUAAAGUGGAUUCCUAUUGGUCGUCUUCGUUUUGGUUAUUAUUGGAUGGCAUUGGUUUUAGUAAGUAUUUUCUUCACGAUAAAUAUAUCAUUCAAAGCCAUGUUGUAGUUCUUUGGUAUUGUUUAUUGAAACCUAUCGUUCUUGUAUAUGGAUUGUUUUGUGGAAAGAAACAACGUCAUCAUCGACAUGGCUCAAGAGAUUCGAUACAGUUUGGAAGUGGAGAUCUUUCCAAAACUUUGGCAUUUUUGAUGAAUACCCAUGAUAAGGAUUCCUAAGUAACUGUUGAGUUGUAAGGACUGUAUUGUAUAGCAAUAUAUAUAUAUAUAUAUAUAAGAUAUUCCAUCGAUUGUAGAGAAUCAUGUAAU